UGUCAAAAAAAAACAAAAUUGAGGUUAGGUUAAGUGGUGAAUAUUAUGAAACAAAGAAUGUCCAAUGUGAUUUUACUUUAUAAAAACGAAUUUUCAACUGGUAAUCAAUACAAAUAAGAAAAUUUGUGGUAUUUAAGAAAUAGUACAUCGCUAUGUAAUUUAUUUCAAAGCCCCUGCGUAUCGUACAUCAUAGUAUAGUCGUCAAAGUCAAUACUCAAUACCAGUAGAAGUAGAAAAGUAGGACAUAGGUGUCAAGAAAAAAACUUUCAACUUUCACCGUAAAAAUGAGUAGGUAAAAGAAUGUUAGAGAUGUCAAAUCGUUUCUUAAAAUAUGUUUAUAUUUACGGAAUACAUAAAUUAUUAUAAAGUAUGUUUCUUAUCGAAUGUGUGACUUUUUAGCUAGCAUGUUCGCGAGGGUAUCUUUUUACCCAACGUUGGUGUACAAUUUGUUCAUGGAAAGAGUUUGUUCGAGGCAAUGGUACAAUCGAAUAGACGAUGUCGUUAUUUUGGGCGCCCUGCCAUUUCCCAGCAUAGCCAAAGAACUUAUCGAAAAAGAAAAUGUUAAAGGCGUAAUAUCGAUGAAUGAAGAUUACGAAUUAUUCGUAGCUAAUAACGGUAAAGCAUGGAAUGCUCUAGGCGUCGAAUUCCUCCAAUUACCAACAACAGAUAUAUUCGCGACGCCUUGUCAAAACAAACUAGAGGAAGGCGUCAACUUCAUCAAUAGAUUCGUAACUGAUAGAAAAGUAAUAGAUGGUAAAUCCGAAAAAUCCGUUUACGUGCAUUGCAAAGCCGGUAGAACGAGAAGCGCCACUUUGGUCGGAUGCUACCUAAUACAAAGAUACAAAUGGACCCCAGAACGUGCAAUUCAGCACAUGAGAGAGCGAAGACCGCAUAUAUUGAUGCACAGCAAACAGUGGGAAGCAUUAGAAAUAUUUUAUGGAAAUAUAAACAGUAUCGGAUCUUCCGAAUCCCAGUAGAAAUUUAAUGUGUUUACGUACCUAUUUUGUUUGUAAUUGUUAAAAAAUAAUAACAGUGAUUAUAACUUAUUGAUUAAUUAUAUCAUUACACCCAUUUUUAAUGUUCUC